GUGAUAAACUUAUUAAAUAGAUAAAGAAAUGACGGUUAUCGCUAACAAAGGCGAUCAAGUGCGAUACGCAAGAGGGCGAGAGCAGCUUUUGCAUGCAUUUCAACGCUUCGCGGCCAAUCAUCCGAGCUUCGACCAAAACCUUCGGCUGGAAGUAGACGCAGUUUUGCUCGAAAUGGAACAGAGCCGAGGCGAUGGUCACAGACAGGAAAGAGAUUCGCCCUAUUGUAGGUUUCUGAAUUUACUCAACAACAGAAAUGUGACCGCAGAUUGUCUUCUGUGGCUGUUUGCAAGUGAAGUCUACCCCUUCGCAGGCCAGGGACCUCUUCCUCUGGAGUUGUCUGAAGCGCCAAAUGGUGGGCUGAUUGCUCGAAUUUUAUCCCAGGAGAAUCAGGCCGGUGUGGAGCCCCUGGACUGCAUCAGCUGGAGAAAUAGUGGCUUCGGUGAUCUCGGGCCAAGGCACGAGUGGCCUCCGUUGUCGGGUCAGGGUGAAAUGUUUGGUCUAGAGGAAGCGAUCGCUGUUGAGUUCUCAUAUCCCAGGCCUCCAUCCCCCAUGGAAAAGUUCUUCGAUUUCAUGGAAAGUGCUCAAAUUGACGAAUUCGUUGAAGCAGAUAUCCUUUAAUUACUUCAAAAUUUGUUGAAGCUCUCAUGUUACAAGGACCGAUUAAGCGAAAAUUAUAUCAGCCAAUCAUGUUUCAGUAUUCGAAAAUCACAACGAAAUUUGCUUGAAAAUUGAGUUGUUUUUGGACAGUUUAGAGGACGCUGAUUGGUUAAGAAUUUUGGCGCUUUCGGUCCAUCUGUCGUAUAUAACCCCCCGCAUUUUUUAAACCUCUAACUUAGUGUCGCUUAUCAUCUCCUACCAACUUCGUGAUUUUGAAAAAGCUUCAAAUAUAGUCACGCUUCAAAAAUUUAUUGCCAGUCUUUUAAAGUUCGAGUGUUAAGCACUAAUUUGGAAAAAUAUAUUAAUGAAUGAGGAUGGUAAACAUUCGUUUUCAAAUUUUACAAAUUCGCCGCCUUUUUGUUUGAAAAAUUUUCUUCAAUUGUUGAAUUAUCAUAUUAUAUUGCAUAUCAAUUUGUCAUUACUGCUUAAAUGUUCAUUAAAUAAGGUUAUAAAAUUUGGCGUCAAAUUUUACCAGCCAAAAUCUUGAAGGCCGUGAAAGCAUUCCAUCGUUUGCCUUGUAUACCUAAUUAUUGUAAAAAUUAUUACCAGCUCAAUUUGCUCCGUAAAAAUUCUAGUAUUUUUCUUUUAUUGAGUUGUAAAUGUAAAUAAAUGUAUUGUAAUUAAACAUACUAACAUAUGUCUAAACAAUUCUAGUACCGAAUUACGUUA